GUAUAUCAUUCUGAGGCUUUGAAUUGAGUUUGUUGUUCAUAAUAUUUAAAACUAGUCAUGGGAUCAUUGAAGACGCUUGGGGGUUUAUUGGUGUUCACGUCACUAAUCAUAUGGAAUCAUUAUUCGCAAACAUCAUCCAACCAAGUCUUUCCGUUCGACAAUUAUUCAGUAUGGUCUGAACCGCAUUGGAGCAUCUUAGAUAUUGAGGUCAAGAAUGAUUUUCAAAAUGUUCAUCCGGACCUGACAAGUUUGAAUCCCAGACCGGAACUGAUUAUCCCGUACGAAUAUGAGCCAACCGAGACCAUUAAUACAAGUAUUCUCAUCUUCAAUAAAAACCGCAAGAGUGGAUCUUCAACCGUGAGAAAUUGGAUCAAGGUUUUAGCCCCCAAAAAUCGGUUCCACAUGAUCAAGAGUGGCCAAACCAGAUUGCCCAACUUUCCCUACUCUAUGUCUAUUGGCAGGGAACAGGAAUUUGUGGACCAAAUCAAACGAUCCCCGAGGCCAUUAGUUUUUAUGGAACAUUUCUACUUCGUGGACUUUCGACGGUAUGAUCCACAAUUGAACCCCACUUGGCUCAACUUGGUCCGAGAACCAAUUAGUCGUUUUGCUUCAUUAUUUUAUCAUCAGAGAAAGAUGAAGAUAUGGAAAGGCAAACAGAAACCUCCUGAGGGAUGGUUUCGGAAGAACAUAUCUGAAUGUGUUCUGAACGAUGAUCCCGAAUGUUCCAUUAAGAAAGGUUAUUACCGCGAGCAACAAUUGACUUACUUUUGUGGUAAUGCCUUGGAAUGUCGAGAGGUGGGUAAUCUAAAAGCCUUGGCCUUGGCAAAACUAAAUAUAGAAUCCCAUUUCCCUGUGGUUGGAGUCUUGGAACUCUUCAAUGAGACCUUAGUUGCUCUUGAGCUCCUUUUACCAAGGUUCUUCCGAGGCAUUCGACAGCAUUUAGCAACUUCACAAUCCCUAUUCCAAGCCAAUGCCAACCCUCAUCCUGAUGUGGAACACCAGGCCUUAUUGAAGAUCCAACGGGUAUUGGCAUUGGACCAAGAUCUCUACGAGUUUGUGAAGCAGAGGUUGACAAAACAGGUGUCUGAAUUGUUCCGAAGUAAAAAGCUUUUGAAAAAUAUAUCGACCUCGGUUUCCCCUUAAGCGCUCUGGUGGACCUACUGACAAUAGAACCUCAU